CGGUAACCGCCAAGUAAGGAGGGAUGUUUUAAAGGACGGCAUGGACCGAGGGAGGGGAUACGGAAAAGAGGAAAGAGAAUAGAAGCGCGCGAGUGUGUGAAGGGAAAGGAGAGAGAGAGAGGGAGAGAGAAAGAAAGAAAGCGCAUGUCUCAUCUCCCCAUGCAGCCACUAGAAGGACCCCACCACUGGCGAGUCGCUCCCCCAUCUUGCAUGUGUUAGAUCCUCCGCCGGACAAACCCUUUCCAGCGGCAGUGGGCACUGCGGGGGAAAAGGGCCAGGAUGGAUUGCUAAAACUCGCUUUCUCUUUUUUUCAUCCGUGAGCGCUCAUCCUCGAUGUCUAUCAACAGUUUUUAACUAAAAAUGAGGAUUACUUGUCAACAGCUUCUUUUGCUUUUCUCUGGCUUUUGGGGAAUGACAAUGGGGGCUUUCCCAAGCAGCGUUCAAAUUGGGGGGCUCUUCAUCAGAAACACGGACCAGGAGUACACAGCCUUUCGACUGGCCAUAUUCCUGCACAACACCAGCCCCAACGCCACGGAGGCGCCUUUCAACCUGGUUCCCCAUGUGGACAACAUUGAGACGGCGAACAGCUUCGCCGUGACCAACGCCUUCUGCUCGCAGUACUCCCGGGGCGUCUUCGCCAUCUUCGGCCUUUACGACAAGCGCUCCGUUCACACGCUCACCUCCUUCUGCAGCGCCCUGCACAUCUCGCUGAUCACGCCCAGCUUCCCCACUGAGGGCGAGAGCCAGUUCGUCCUGCAGCUCCGGCCGUCCAUCCGGGGGGCGCUGCUGAGCCUGCUGGACCACUACGACUGGAGUCGCUUUGUGUUUCUCUAUGACACCGACCGGGGCUACGCCGUCCUACAGGCCAUCAUGGAGAAGGCGGGGCAGAACGGCUGGCAGGUCAGUGCCAUCUGUGUGGAGAGCUUCAACGAUGCCAGUUACCGGCGCCUCCUUGAGGACCUUGACCGUCGCCAGGAGAAGAAAUUCGUCAUCGAUCUGGAGCCUGAGAGGCUGAACAACCUCCUGGAGCAGAUUGUCAGCGUUGGAAAACAUGUCAAGGGCUACCAUUACAUCAUGGCAAAUUUGGGCUUCAAAGACAUCUCUCUGGAGCGCUUCAUGCACGGCGGGGCAAACGUGACAGGCUUCCAGCUCGUCAACUUCAGCACGCCCAAGGUCAUCAAGCUCAUGCAACGCUGGAAUAAACUCGACCAGAGGGAGUACCCUGGCUCCGAGAGCCCGCCCAAGUACACCUCGGCACUGACCUACGACGGCGUGCUGGUGAUGGCCGAGGCUUUCCGGAACCUGCGGAGGCAGAAGAUCGACAUCUCUCGGCGCGGGAACGCUGGCGACUGUCUGGCCAAUCCGGCAGCGCCCUGGAACCAGGGCAUUGACAUGGAGCGAACGUUGAAACAGGUGAGGAUCCAGGGCCUGACCGGGAAUGUGCAGUUUGACCACUAUGGGCGCAGAGUCAACUACACGAUGGACGUGUUCGAGCUCCGGAGCAACGGCCCCCGCAGGAUUGGCUACUGGAAUGAUAUCGACAAGCUGGUCCUGAUCCAGAGUGAAAUUCUCUUCGGCAACGACAGCUCAAUACUGGAGAACAGGACAGUUGUGGUGACGACAAUAAUGGAGGGCCCGUACGUGAUGCUGAAGAAGAACUGGGAGAUGUUUGAGGGCAACGACCAGUACGAAGGCUACUGCGUGGACCUGGCCUCCGAGAUUGCCAAACACAUCGGCAUCAAGUACCAGAUCUCCAUCGUGCCGGACGGCAAGUACGGUGCCCGAGACCCCGAGACCAAAAUUUGGAACGGCAUGGUUGGCGAGCUGGUGUACGGGAAAGCAGAGAUUGCCGUGGCCCCCCUGACCAUCACCCUAGUGAGGGAGGAGGUCAUCGACUUCUCCAAACCCUUCAUGAGUCUGGGCAUCUCCAUCAUGAUCAAGAAGCCGCAGAAGUCCAAGCCGGGCGUCUUCUCCUUCCUGGACCCGCUUGCCUACGAGAUCUGGAUGUGCAUCGUCUUCGCCUACAUCGGCGUCAGCGUGGUGCUCUUCCUGGUCAGCCGCUUCAGCCCCUACGAGUGGCACACGGAGGAGCCCGAGGAGGACAGCGACGGUCAGCCCGGCGAACAGCCACCCAACGAGUUCGGCAUCUUCAACAGCCUCUGGUUCUCGCUGGGGGCCUUCAUGCAGCAGGGCUGCGACAUCUCCCCCAGGUCUCUCUCUGGCCGGAUCGUUGGUGGGGUCUGGUGGUUCUUCACCCUCAUCAUCAUCUCCUCCUACACGGCCAACCUGGCCGCCUUCCUCACUGUGGAGAGGAUGGUGUCGCCCAUCGAGAGCGCUGAAGACCUGGCCAAGCAGACGGAGAUUGCCUACGGCACCCUGGAUUCUGGCUCCACCAAGGAGUUCUUCAGGCGCUCCAAAAUAGCAGUGUACGAGAAGAUGUGGAGCUACAUGAAGUCGGCGGAGCCCACGGUGUUCACCAAGACGACGGCGGAGGGCGUGGCCCGUGUGCGCAAGUCCAAGGGGAAGUACGCCUUCCUGCUGGAGUCCACCAUGAACGAGUACACAGAGCAGCGCAAGCCCUGCGACACCAUGAAGGUCGGGGGCAACCUGGACUCCAAGGGCUACGGCAUUGCCACCCCCAAGGGCUCACAGUUAAGAACCCCCGUAAACCUUGCCGUUCUGAAACUCAGUGAAUCAGGCGUCUUAGACAAGCUGAAAAACAAAUGGUGGUACGAUAAAGGAGAAUGUGGACCCAAGGACUCGGGAAGUAAGGACAAGAGCUCCCAGGCACUCAGCCUGAGCAACGUGGCUGGGGUGUUUUACAUCCUGGUGGGGGGGCUUGGCCUGGCCAUGCUCGUGGCCCUCAUUGAGUUCUGUUACAAGUCCAGAGCUGAAGCCAAGAAAAUGAAGCUCACGUUCACAGAAGCCAUGCGGAACAAGGCACGCUUGUCGAUCACAGGCAGCGUGGGAGAGAACGGCCGCGUCCUGACCCCCGACUGCCCCAAGGCCGUACACGCUGCUCACCCCCUGCGUCAGGGCCCAGGUCUGGCCGUGGUGUCCGCUGAGCUGCCGUGAAUACCAAAAAACACCCCAGUGCCUUAUCACAAAUACAACCGUCAGUCCAACGAACCAAUGGCGAGCGAGGGAACAGAUACUGAGCAAAAUCCCACCAAUAAAACGUCUGUUAAUGAAAUCUGGAGAGAAUGAGGAGUGGAGGGGGACCAUCAGCCGGGAAUGAACGGCAGGCGAGUCAAUGCAGCACAGACCACCAAGAACAAACAAGAACUGACAAAAGCUGACUUUCACCGCGUCACGUCCUAGAUGCGCCGUCGCCCCCUGCAGACGACUUUAUUUGGCCAAAGUCAUUGCAUGAGCUGAGCUCUGGGCUCCAGGCAGAGAGCCCAAAACCAGGACAGCGCCGCCUGCUGGAGGACGGGCAGGGACACGCCUACAAGACCACUAAACUGUACUUGAAACAUAAACUGUGCUAAUUAGCGUUUUCCAUUAACUGUUACGUGAGUGUGCUUGUCAAACACCUGGCUGUGAUCCCCGCAGCCAGAACAUAUUAGCUUUCGACUAUCCAUUGUUGACAUGGGUAACACCGGCCAGUGUCUCGGGGGUUAAUUAAUUGCAUUCAUAAAAUUAUUACUGACAGACGUAAAGCGUCACUGUACUGAGCCAGAAAGAAAUAUUACAAAACAUAAGUUAUAUGGAGAAAGGUACUAAUGAUAUUAUACAAAGUAUGAUGUCGUCAGUAACCGAACCGGACGAUUUUUAAACCAAUGUAAAUACAUAGAUAUAAGGACGUUUCUCUUUUACGACCAUGUAGGAAGUUAUUCAUCGCAAUAAUGAAAAUACAAUGUAUAGACACCACUUGUAAUUAGGACAUUUUUGAAACGGUAGAGUAUAUACACAAUUCUGUACAUAUAUAUAAAUGGACGGAGAAUCGGUGUGUCGCGGCACCGGCACAUCGUGCGUCCGUCCGAGUCCAUGCUUAACGUGGAGCAGAACCACACGCUUCUGUCUGACGGGACCCAGCCCUCCCGGUUCUGCCAUCAAAUGCUUUUUUAACGUACCAUUUGAGGCGAGCAGAUACAUCCGUAUGAUUAGUGCACAUAUCUUAAUGUCCGUAGUCUAACUAUCCUCUUUCUUUUUUUUUGGGGAGGGGGGGGGGACUACUAAUGUUUCAGCUGUUAGGGGUGUAAAAAGUAAAUAAAAAUGUUUAAAAAAUCAGAAAGAAAAAUAUAGAAAGUUUUAUUUUUUCAUUAAAGCAACCGUAUUAGAGUUUCAAAUUGAAAUAAUUUUUAAUAAUAAAAAAACAUAUGAAAUGCGGACAAUGUCGCAGUAAUCAGUGCCACGGUCAGAAAGAAGUGUCCGGCUUUGGCCAUUAUAUUUUAACACUGUGUUCUUCCUGUAUGCCUUUUGAUUUGUUUUCCUAACACUUGCACUUAGAAACACAGUACUCUGAAAUCCACUUAUCCACAAGCGGUUACAUUUCCUUUGGAGAGAAUGCGGUGUCUGUUAUUAUUUCGGACAUUUCCAGCGGUCCUGAGUCAUCAGAAGACAAUCUCCUGGCCCUGAGGGCAAAAUUCACAUUUUACGAUCUGUUUUCCCUCUCCUGCGAGGACGUGAGAGGUGCUUAUAUUACUGCGAAACAAUCUGUGACAUGGUGUUCCUCUCAGGCGAUAAUAGUGUUUAUUAAGUUAUACAAAAAGCGCAGUCAGGGAGAGAGCACGUGUUUUCGGUUCCGACACCUCUAUCUGUAAACUAACCUCACUGGCUUUUCAUUUUGGCUUUAAUUGGACUUUCUUGUUUCAGCCACUUUUUUCUAGUAAAAAUAUAUAUUGCAA